AUGCUUACCCUGGAACUGAAAACCUUUGAUGGCUUCAGUCUACACAGCGGCUGGAGGCGCGGUCGGUGCGGUAUCGGCCCUGUGCGUGGGCUCUGCUGGGCAGGUGAAUUUUAUCAACAUGCCACAACAGAGGCCUCCCAAGCCACCUUAGCUAGCGUGUCUCCUGUUUUUGCCGUGAUGAAGCUUGACAAAGAGGGAAAUACUACCUAUUUUGAAAAGAAGAAAACAGAAUUAUACCAGGAAUUGGGUCUCCAAGCUCGAGAUCUAAGAUUUCAACACCUAAUGAGCAUUGCAACUAGGAACAACAGGAUCAUCAUGAGAAUGGAGUUCUUGAAGGCUGUCAUAACACCAGAGUUUCUUCUGAUACUAGAUUAUCGUAAUUUAAAUCUGGAACACUGGCUCUUCAAUGAACUAGCAUCUCAGCUGGCUGGGGAAGGUCAACUAGUUACAUAUUCCUUGCCCUUUGAAUUCCGAGCCAUAGAAGCAAUCCUGCAGUACCGGAUCAGCAAACUGCAGGGGAGACUUAACACUUUGCAGCCUCAGAUCCUUGAGACACUGGAAGCUCUAGUGGACCCCAAGCUUUUGUCUGUGGAUAGGAGUAAACUACACAUUCUCCUGCAAAAUGGCAAGAGCUUGUCAGAACUGGAAACAGAUCUUAAAGUUUUCAAAGAAACAAUUCUGGAGAUCUUAGAUGAAGAAGAGUUAAUAGAAGAGCUCUGUCUGUCUAAAUGGACUGAUCCGCAAGUAUUUGAGGAGAGUACAUCUGGGAUUGACCAUGCAGAGGAAAUGGAGCUGCUGCUGGAGAACUAUUACAGACAAGCAGAAGAUCUUGCAAAUGAAGCUCGUGAACUCAGAGUACUGAUUGACGACUCAGAAAGCAUAAUUUUUAUCAACCUGGACAGCCACCGUAAUGUGAUGAUGAGACUGAACUUGCAGCUGACUAUGGGGACUUUCUCUCUAUCUCUCUUUGGACUCAUAGGAGUUGCAUUUGGUAUGAACUUGGAGUCAUCUCUUGAAGAGGACCCCAGAAUAUUUUGGCUGGUGACAGGGAUUAUGUUUCUGGGAAGCGGUCUGAUAUGGCGACGCUUGCUUUCCUUCCUUGGGCGGCACCUAGAACCUCCACUACCUCCUCACGUUCCUGCAAUUUUGAAAAAAUCCCAACCAGCAGCUGGAAGAGUGGAACUAAAGAACAACCUUAAAGCAGAAACAUUUGGGCUGAGCAGAAGCAGCUUUACGGACUUCGGACACUUUCCUUGCAUUUGUUCUUCCUUACUGAAAACUGCAAGAAUUUCUAAACUUGCUAAUUUAAUAUAUAUUUUGUGCCAAAAACCCAUGGUGAAAUUUUAA